AGCUGGGGACAGACUGUCAUCUUUGAUUCUUGAGUCCCUGUUCUGUGAAGGAAUCAUGACUUGGCUUUUGGUUCAGAUCCUUGGGAUCAUCUGUGGAGGCAUUGGGAUGAUUCUUACCUGGAUCAUUACGAUCAUGCCUCAGUGGAGGAUUUCUGUUCUGGCAGAGAACCACGCACUUGCCAAUGGUCGGAUUGAUGGACAGUGGAUCAGCCGGUGGGAUGGCUUGUGGACAACCUGUGUCAGCCAUGCCCGGGUCUCUUUGCUGUGCAACAGUUAUGAAUCUAUGGUGUCGCUGACAACAGACUUAAAAGCUGGAAGAGUUUUGAUGGGCUUUGCUCUUGUGAUGACUUUCAUAGCCUGUACCUUUUCUCUUAUUGGAAUUCUCUUGACCAGAUGCAGUAAAGAGGGCUGGGAGACAAGACACUGCAUGCGUCUGACAGCAGGAGUCUUAUAUAUCAUAAGUGCUGCCCUCAUAAUAAUUCCAGUGGCCUGGACAACCAGCAACAUUAUCCAAAAAUCCUAUGAUGCUGCUGUAUGCAGAGGAGCAGUGAGGAUAGAGAUGGGUGAAGCCCUCUUCCUGGCAUGGCCUGCUAUUGUCUUUAUUCUUAUCGGAGGAAUAAUCAUGUGUUGGCGAUAUGACUGCAGAUGCAAUAAGGACAGCUGUGGCUACGUGCCACCUCGUGAAUGUGAGAUGGAGUGCAGACCAAGUCAUCCAGAGGAACGGCGAAAUUGCAAUAGCCGGAGUGAAUAUAUAUAGAAGACAAGAGCUUGAUAAAGCUGAGAAGGACUGAAAAGU